GUUUAUCAUCACGAAAAAAACAAACGGUUCUAUGGCUCCGGAAAAAUCGUCAGACACUUACGCAUUUUUUUUGCAUUAACAAUUUUGUACACAGGGUGUUUCAAGUGCGAAAUAUGACGUAGAGAUUAAUUUUUGUAGUGCAACGCCCAGUAGAAUGUGUUAAUUUACAAUUUUACGAUCGGUUCUGAAUACUUUUCGUCUAACACACCACGCGGUUAAUGUGGACGAUUUUUGAAGUGGCAUAUUGCUUAUGCUAAUGAAACAUACGACAGGAAAUACAGAGCAUUAUCCACUGUAAAUGCCACAAUCGCACCCAAAUCGACCAUUACUUGGGUAACUAAGGAGGAAAGUAGAGAUUUUAUGGCAGUAUUUCCCGAUUUGGUCAGGGACCUUACGGACGAUGAAGAGUAUCCAGACAUACCCCUAGUUACGAAAAGAUUUGCAAAGGUUUUGCAAUACAACGUACCGCUCGGGAAGAAAACCAGAGGUCUUAGCACGGUGGCAUCCUAUAAAUUAAUAGCAACUCCCGAAGAUCUCACCAAUGAAAAUGUUCGUCUCGCACAAAUAUUGGGAUGGUGUGUGGAAUUGUUGCAUUCAUCCUUCCUGAUCAAUGAUGACAUCAUGGACAGCUCUGAAACACGCAGAGGCUCACCCUGUUGGUACUUAGUGGAAGGCGUGGGAAUGCAAGCCAUAAACGACGCGUUAUUAAUUGAAAAUGGAUUAUAUAUGCUACUUAAAAAAUAUUUCUUCAAUCAUCACUGCUACGUUCCGGCCAUGGAGUUAUUCCAUGAAACAGUGAUGAAAACAACAAUGGGACAAACUCUAGAUGUACUUUGUAUGAAAAAUGGCAAACCUGCGUUUGAAACGUUUACUAUGAACAGAUAUAAUUCCAUAGUCAAGUACAAAACUGCAUUUUAUUCCUUUCAAUUGCCAGUAGCGCUGGCUAUGUAUUUAGCUGGAAAAUAUGAUGCGGAAUUGCACAGGCAAGCUACAACAAUUCUAUUAGAAAUGGGUCACUACUUCCAAGUACAGGAUGACUUUUUGGAUUGCUUUGGGGAUUCCUCCGUAAUGGGUAAAAAAGGGACUGAUAUUCAAGAUGGUAAAUGUUCAUGGUUGGCAGUACUGGCCCUUCAACGUGCUUCGGCCGACCAAAGAAAAAUCUUUGAACAAAAUUAUGGUAAACCAAAUCCAGAAAGUGUGGCUAUAAUCCGUGGGUUAUAUGAAGAUCUUGGUCUUCCUAAUACCUUUGCAAUUUAUGAAGAAGAAAACUACAAUCUUAUUAGGACACAUAUUCAGCAAACUUCACAAGGUUUACCUCACAAACUGUUCUUUAAAUUCUUAGAUAGUUUUUAUAGAAGAGACUCGUAAGCUUUCAUAUUUUUGUGCAGUAGAUCUAUGUGUACAUGUAAUAUAAUUAUAGGAUUUUAUGUAGGUAGAUUAUAAGUUGUGUGUGUGUGUGUGUGUAACUUAGUGUACGAUUUUGUUUAUAUCUCUUGUAAUAUAAGAUAUAUAAAUAGUA